CCUGCUGCUGCUGCCGCUGCUACUGUUGCAGCUGCUGUCCGAUUUCCACCUCCCGCUUCAUCGCGGCCUUCUCCGCCCCGUCUCGUCCUUCCCUUUGGGAACUUCACCCUCCGGGCCGAAGGGACCGACCCCGGCUUUCCACCCUCCUUCCCUCCUUCUCCCACCCGGUCCGGGAGGGCGCGGCUCCGGCUCCAGCUCCGCUCCUCUCGCUGCUGCAGCGGCUGCAACCUCUGCAGCCGCUGCAACCUUCCCUGCUGCAGCUGCUGCAACCUCCACCGCCGUGCGACCAUCGCCCUCCCCGCACCGACUUCUCCUAACCCGCAUUAUUCCCUCUCCCGACCCCCCUUGGACACGACCCCCCGCCCCCCGGACCGGGAUCGGCCCCCGUUGGGCCGCGAUCCUUCAACAAAGCAUUCCCGAAGAGAGAUUUGGAUUUGCACUUGAUACAUCUGGAAAAUGUUAAAAACAAUCUUUUAAGGUGUUUGGUUGGGUUUGGGGGGUGGCUGGUCCUCUCAUUUUGGUCAGUGUUAGCAGCUGCCAUGGCCCAGUCCAAAGCGAAUGGGUCUCACUAUGCUCUGUCUGCGAUCGGGUUGGGGAUGCUUGUCCUUGGGAUCAUAAUAGCAGUGUGGAACCUGGUGCCAGGAUUCAGUCAUGCCGACAAACCAUCGUCCCAAGGAAACAGCAGCAAGCCGGAACACAGUGGAGGGUUCAAGAACAAGACCUUUUCUGUGGCAUAUGUGUUGGUCGGUGCUGGGGUUAUGCUGCUGCUUCUUUCUAUUUGCUUGAGUAUCCGGGACAAAAGGAAACAGAGGCAAGGGGAAGAAGUAGCCAGAAUCCAGCAUGAAGCAACUGUUGGUCCGCAGACUCAGGAAGAAGACAGCCAAGAAGAGGAGUCUCCUUCCAGAUACUAUGUUCCCAGUUACGAAGAGGUGAUGAACACUAACUACUCCGAAGUGAGAGAACUGGACCAAAAUCCAAGGAUGAGUGUGUCUCUCCCGUCCUACGAGUCCCUGACCGGGCUUGAUGACACCACUCCCACAACUACUAGAGCAGAUGUGGAAACCAAUGGGGAGCAACCACCAGACAGACAAAACUCCAGGCUGGGCAAACGGCUCAAGCCCCUGAAAGUUCGAAGGAUUAAAUCUGAAAAGCUGCACCUAAAAGACUUCAGAAUUAACCUCCCAGAACAGAACAGUGCCCCUCCCACGAUAGAACCUUUAACUCCUCCUCCGCAGUAUGACGAGGUCCAAGAAAAAGCACCAGACACCAGGCAGUCAAAUUAAAUCACCGACACUCUGGACAAAAAGGUUCUCUUGCUAACUUUGGGGGAAUAAACAGAGUCAAAGCUCACCUGCUUCAUCCAAGUAUAAAGAAUUGGGGGACCAGCUCAAUCUACUGGGUUCACUCUCUUUUAAGGGGAAAGCAAGAGGUGUGUGAGAGACAAUUUGACAUUCCACCAACACUUAUGUAGCAGUUAUGUUUGAAGCAGAUACACUUCUAGGAGUCUCCAUUUAUUUUUUAAAUUAAGGAGCACGCUGUAUGCAUCUUCUGUAGUGUCUCUUUUCAACUCUGAAUUGUUUAGCCAGAAUCACUCCUCUUUCCAAAUAGGAAAGGCUAAGUAACAUUGUUUAGAUUAUUUUCCACCCCAGUGUAAACUUUAAGAAAAAAGAAACACCACGUGCCUACUUCAUUGGUGUUUUAAAAUCUCCAGAAUAAGCAGGGCUCUGGAACAUGCUGGCUUGUGUUCUGAAAAAUAAUUGAGUUAAAUGAUCAGGUUAGAUUAUUAGAUUUUGGUGUGAUCAAUAGUAGCCCAUUUAGCCUGUGAGGCUCUCAAUUCUUUGAGGGCUAGGGGUCUGGGAUGUUUCAUACGAUAGGCAAUCCGUCAGUCUUAAUUUGUAUCCUUAACUGGUCUCUCCUGCACUACUGCAAAAAUGUGUAUAAGAUGCUCUAUUUUUAAGUUACUUCUGAAAUACUGUACAACUGAGCUUUUUUAUAAUAAAAAUAUUUUGUAUGUAGUA